CACCACCACCAGCCUCUGUUAGUCUCUGAUCGCGCUCGGUGCUGGAUGGAGCUGCCGGACUGCACUGUCCGCUGCCUGGGCUGAGCUGGACGGGUUUCUAACCGGAUUUAAGAGCGUGUAGGAGUGAGACGAGCAGCCGGGGGGAGAUGGACCUGCUCGGCUUGGGGGCUGUGAAGCAGCUCGCGGAGGGCCUGGCCGGCCUGCCCAUGUUUCCUUACUUCGACACGGCGCACUACAUCGUGUCUGUGAUGGCUUUACGGGAGCAGCCAGGAGCGUUGGAGGUGUCUCGGAGGAGCCCGUUCGCAUGCUGGUUCAGCUCCAUGCUGUACUGCUUUGGAGGAGCUGUGCUCUCCGGCAUCAUCAUGUCGGAGGCCCCGGUCGCCCCGCUGGCCAACAGCACCAACAUCCUGCUCGCCUCGCUGAUGUGGUAUCUGGUGUUCUACUGUCCGCUGGAUGCCGUGUACUCAUGUGCCGCGUUUCUGCCGGUGCGGUUGGUCCUGACGGGGAUGAAGGAAGUGACGCGCACCUGGAAGGUCCUGAGCGGCGUCGUCCAGGCCAGCAAGAAAUACAAAGAUGGGCUGUUUGUCAUGAUCGCGGUGGGCUGGGCUAAAGGUGCUGGUGGUGGUCUUAUGAGCAAUUUCGAGCAGCUGGUUCGAGGCGUCUGGAAACCAGAGACCAACGAGCUGCUGAAGAUGUCAUACCCAACGAAGGUGACUCUGAUUGGGGCGGUGCUGUUCUCCCUGCAGCAGUGUCACUACCUCCCCCUGCAGACGCCUGAACUCAUGCUCCUCUACACCAUCUUCAUCGUUGUCAACAAGACGCGGAUGAUGCUGAUGGGUUCCUCUUCGUCCCCCUUCGCCCCGGUGGAAGCGGCCCUCUACCAGACCUUGUUCGCUCGACCCCUGACCUACUCUCCCCUGACCAGUCAGAGCCACACUCCGACCCAGACCCCUUCCUGUCCUGCCCGCCCAGACAGCAAAGAUGCAUCGAGUGUCCCCAAUGGUUCGUCCCAAACCGAAGAGACGCUGGACCACAGCGAGUCUGAGAACUCCAAAAAGACCAACUAGUGCCCACCUCCCUCGGGGCUCUCUCUCCACUGUGAUUCUCUCUCGACACUUUCAGCGGGCGGAGUAAAGCGUUAGAAUUACUCCCUCCUGUAGCUCUGUACCUUCCCGCUCUUAAUGUGUUGCUGGCACUUUCAUAACAUUACCGCUGAAUCUUUAAUGGAGCGUUUGAAGACGACGCUUUCAGUCCUGGAUUCUCUUUCAGGACGUUUUAAUCUGUACAUUUGGUUUGGACCUGUAUAUAUUUCAUAAUCUGAAAUGGUUCUGAUUUUACAAAGACAAAUCUAUAAUUGUGAUGAUAUUUUAUACUAUUUAUAUAAAAAACCUCACUUAAGAAUGUAUUGAUUUGAAGUACUAUAUUUGCUGUACUUUGCAUUGUUUCCUAUAUGAAUGAAAUUGUAAUGAAAUUAUAGUAAAAAAAUAAAAAUAUUUGCACUCUUA